CACUCUCUACAUUCAGAUGGCACAAAAUCAUUCCUCACCGCUGGACAACGAGGAUCUCCUCCAGGAAAUCCUCCUCCGCCUCCCUCCGAAGCCGUCCUCUCUCCCCCGCGCCUCCCUCGUCUGCAAGCGCUGGCGGUGCAUCAUCUCUGACCCCCGAUUCCCCCGCCGCUUCCGCAAACACCACAGGAAACCCCUGCUCCUAGGCUUCUUUGACAAAGAAAUUAGCAAAGUUCCUGUCUUCACUCCUAUGCUGGAUCCGCCUGACCGCAUCCCUGUUGCGCUCCCGGAGAACCUCCUUGGUCGGGAGCCGUGGGGACACCUCUGCUUCUCCUUCCAUGGCUGCCGCGAUGGCAUCGCACUCUUCCUUGACCACCAGCGCCAUGAGGCCAUCUUGUGGGAUCCACUCACCAGUGUCCAGCGUUGCGUUGCUUUUCCAUCGUGGUUCUUGGAUGGCAUUGGCAAAGAUUGCUCCAUUCAGAACGCCACAGUGUUGUGCCCUGCCAGCGACAAUCAGCACGAGCACGGCGGUUCCCACAUGAGCCCAUUCAAACUGGUGUUCGCAUGGCGUGAUGCUAUAGCCAGAAAGGAAUUCAUUUGCAUAUAUGAAUCCAAGUCUGGUGUUUGGGGAGAUAUUAUCCCCACAAGGACUGCAUAUGUGAUUUCUAGGUACAGGCCUAGCAUAUUGGUUGGGAAUGCACUUUGCUGGUUGCUUGAGGGAGGCAACAUCCUUAAGUUUGAUUUCGGAAAGCACACCCUUGCUGUGAUUGAGAAGCCGGAAGACACCCAUGCUGCUGGUUGCGAGUACGUCCACUCGUCUCACUCAUCCUUUCAGAUCUUACGAGGAGAGGAUAAUGGUAUCGGCCUCGCCAUUUUGUCAACGUUAGAACUGAGUAUUCAGUUAUGGGUGAGGAAGUUCAAGUGUGAUGGUGUUUUCUCAUGGGUACUACAGAACACUGUCCAACUGGAUGAGCUCUUUUCACGACCCGCACGCAUCAGACAACUGGUCUUCAUGCUGGGGUACGAUGAGGACACAAAUGUGAUCUUUCUGUCUUCAGAUUCUCACGACUUCAUCCUCCAACUUGAGUCCAUGCAGUUCAACUAUAUUGGUAGAAGAAAAUACAGGAGCCCCAGAGAGUCUUGUCCAUACACAAAUUUCUGUACAGCAGUAGUCAGGAGCACUGCUGGCGGUGAUGGUGGAGCUGAAAAUGUGAACACGUGAUACAGGUAUCUAGAGUUAAAUCCUCAUUGCCGAGACGCAGAAAUGGCUAUCUGCUCUAGGUUCUGCAUGUCUUGUAUUGUGUGGCCUGUGAUGGGGUGUCGACGCUGAGUCCUCUAUGUACUAUGUCGUUUCUUCCGUAAUGUAUGCUGUGGCUUUCAAAGCUGGCUUGUAGGACUCUAAUCGUGUAAUUUGCUAACUUCUCCCACUUUAUCAUUACUAUCUAAUAUCUCCUAGACCACUAUGUAUGUUCAGAGUGACUCAGAUAUGCACUUCGGCUAUUUGUCUGAUGUAUGUGGCCAGUCUGGUUCGAUCAGCCUCUGCCACGGCUGUACCCAUGGACAAGGACACUGUCCCGGUUUCGGUUG